ACAGAGCUCCAGUAUCCCGUAGGAAUGGCCUGAGAAGCCCGCACCUGGGAAUCGCUCCCUCCCUGCCCCUCAGCGGCAGGUUGCGCUGGGGAGACUCUGUCAGGAGAGGAAUGAGCCGGGAGUGAGCGAGUCCGGCUCUCCAGCGCUGGGUGGGAGGCAGCCGGCGAGGAUGGACGUGGCUGACAGCCUUCUCCUGAAUGGGAGCAACAUCGCUCUCCCCUGCGAACUGGGGCUGGAAAAUGGGACGCUUUUCUGCUCGGAUCAGCCCCGCCGUUCCAGAGAGUGGCAGCCAGCAGUGCAGAUUCUCUUAUACUCCUUGAUAUUCCUGCUCAGCGUGCUGGGAAACACGCUGGUCAUCACGGUGCUGAUCAGGAACAAGAGGAUGCGGACCGUCACCAACAUCUUCCUGCUGUCCCUGGCCGUCAGCGACCUGAUGCUCUGCCUCUUCUGCAUGCCCUUCAACCUCAUCCCCAACCUGCUCAAGGACUUCAUCUUCGGGAGCGCUGUCUGCAAGACCACCACCUACUUCAUGGGCACCUCUGUGAGUGUUUCCACCUUUAAUCUGGUGGCCAUAUCUCUGGAGCGAUAUGGGGCAAUUUGUAGGCCCUUACAGUCCCGCGUCUGGCAGACGAAAUCCCACGCUCUGAAGGUGAUUGCUGCUACCUGGUGCCUCUCCUUUACCAUCAUGACUCCGUACCCCAUUUAUAGCAACUUGGUGCCUUUUACCAAAAAUAACAACCAGACUGCAAAUAUGUGCCGCUUCCUACUGCCAAGUGAUGUUAUGCAGCAGUCCUGGCACACGUUCCUGCUGCUCAUCCUCUUUCUCAUACCUGGAAUUGUGAUGAUGGUGGCAUAUGGAUUAAUCUCUUUGGAACUCUACCAAGGAAUAAAAUUUGAUGCUAGCCAGAAGAAAUCUGCUAAAGAGAGGAAGCCGAGUUCAGGCAGCGGCAGCCGAUUUGAGGACAGCGACGGCUGCUACCUGCAGAAGUCACGGGCUCCGAGGAAGCUGGAGCUCCAGCAGCUGUCCCCGCGCGGCGGCAUCAGCCGGCUCAACCGCGCCAGGAGCAGCAGCUCGGCCGCCAACCUGAUGGCCAAGAAGCGGGUCAUCCGCAUGCUCAUGGUCAUCGUGGUCCUCUUCUUCCUGUGCUGGAUGCCCAUCUUCAGCGCCAACGCCUGGCGCGCCUAUGACACCCCCUCUGCCGAGCGCCACCUCUCAGGGACUCCCAUCUCCUUCAUCCUCCUGCUCUCCUACACCUCCUCCUGUGUGAACCCCAUCAUCUACUGCUUCAUGAACAGACGGUUCCGCCUCGGCUUCAUGGCCACCUUUCCCUGCUGCCCCAGCCCGGGGCCCCCGGGGGCGAGAGGAGAGGCGGGCGAGGAGGAGGAAGGCAGGACCACCGGGGCGUCUCUGUCCCGCUACUCCUACAGCCACAUGAGCGCCUCUGCUGCGCCCCUGUGAGCGGCCCGCCCUCCGCUGUGCAGGAGGCCCGGGAGGAGGAGGAGCAGGGGCUGCGGAGAAGCAAGACCCCGUUUCCCAUGGGAGGCCUCCUUGUCUGCUUUCCAUCCUUCCCCGGUUCCAGAAGGAGAAGCACUGCCAGGGUGGAGCCCCGACUUGGUUUCCAGGUAGUUCAAGGCAAGACAGUCUCAAUAACAGUCACCAUCAGAAGACCUCAGCAAGCCAGGGGCAGUCCCACGGGACUCGGGCUGCAAAUGUAAUUACCAAGCACAUGUUCAAAAUGGAGAUUCGGAAAGUUCUGGAACACCCAAGGUGGGCUCCUGCUUCCAACAGUAAUACUUCCAUUCUCUGCUUCAUCUGCUACUGAAGAGUGGUGGAGGCUGCCUGUCCCCCACCCCCGUAGUACCCUGGGCUUUCACAUCCAUACAGUGACCACCACCAAAGGGAGGGAAGCAGACCUCCUCUGACCAUUUUUGUAGGAAGAGAACAACAUGAUUUUUUUUUUUUCAUCUUGAGGUUAGGACAGAGGCAUAAGCUUAUGUUGUCAUCAGAAGUGCAAAAAGAAUGUUGUCUGAAAUGCAGAAUUUAGAGCUCAUGUUUCUACAAAGAGAAGAGAGUAGAAGGAAAUAACCAGAUGGAACGUUAUCUUAUCAUGAGCAUGUUAAUAGCAGAAGGUGCAGAGAAUGUUUCUUCUACUUUAAUGAUAUAGAUUGCUUAACUUCUUGAUGUGGUGAUUUAACAUCAUGACCUCUGCCUCCACUUAUUUUUUCAUAUUCAUCUACACUUCCUCUUCCAGAAAGACUUUCCUGGUACAAAGGAGAAUUGUAAGUUAGGUGAAUCUGGCAAGGGAAAAACAUCGAUAGUCAAGCCCCAAAGCAGAAUUGGCGUCAUUGGAUUUAGUUAGCAAAUAGCUUUUGAAUGCCAACACUGUCUAUGCUUUUAAAUACAACCUUAAUAAUUAAUUUUAUGUGUAUGUAUACACUGGAUGUAUAGUUAUGUUCUUUACAUGUAAGGAAACUCUGGUGUGUUUAAAAAUAGAAUUGAUAAUGGAUGUUGGAAUUCAGCUAGUAUUAUUCUUUUACCUUCUUUCAUAGACAUACCAGUUCAUGUGAACUUGUUCUUGGCAAAAUUAAUGUUGAGACCUUUCUCCUCUGAGAAAUCUCAGUUUAAAACAAGAUGAGCAUUACACAUUCAGAUACCAAGAAGUGCAUUUCUAGUACAUACCAGUCUUGUCUGCUUGCUGCUUGUUUUAUCCUUUAAGAGUGACCUUGUCCUGUUUGUGUAGAUAGAGUUAACAUGGACAUCUUUGACAGACACAUGCUUGCAAACUAGCGUGGGAAAUAAACAAGUACACAAUUUUUUUUUUUAAAAAGGAAGUUCCCAGCUUCAUGCCUCCAAGUAUCUGAGAAGAGAGUGUUCCUUUUUCUUUUUCUUUCAGAGGCCAUAACUGACCAUUGAUCCAAGCCUGAUGCUCUGUGUGGUAUACCAGGGCCAGGGAUUUCAAUUGUCAGAAAAAAGUGUGGAAGACAGAAGGUGAUAAGAGGUGAUGGGGUAAAGAAUGCUGUAGUGUUUGGCAAGAUGUGAGCCUUACUUUGGCUUUGUAGUGGGUCAUGGUCCUGAGCUGAGAAGAAAUGAUUCAGUGUGACCAUCUCUUACAUGGGGUUUUCAAGCUAGACCAUUCUUUCCUGUGACUACAGUCUUCAAAAUUUCAAGGUAAAAGUUAACCAACUAAAAUGUGUACUGCUAAGAUUUUAAUGAUAAAUGGUAUAAGAAAUAAAAUUAUCUUCAAUAUUUGAGUAGGUCUUACACUAGCUACAAUUUUUCUGCCAGAAAAAGUCUUCUCCUCUGGCGGUAUUAGCAUAUAAAUGAAGAUAAAUUAGUAAUCCCCCACUAUUGGAAACCUUUAGAUGGUCCAAAGAUAUUUUACCCUAAAAAUAAAGUUCCCAGAUUUAGCUAAUAAAAAUACAGAUGCACAGCUAAAUUCUAAUCAGAUAAGCAAUGAAUAGUUUCUAGUAUGAUUAUGUUUCAUGCACCAAAAUACAUCUUGUAUUUUAUAUGGCAAUGCUACCCUGAAAUACUUGUAAAAAGCAUAUAAAAUAUAAGCAAGUUUCCCAACAUAAAGAGCAAUUAACUCCCUCUGUUAAUUUAUUGGUAGGUCUUUCGCUUAAUGGAAGUUUUUUUGUAAAAAGAAGAAAAAAAGCUAUUAACUUUCAAAAUCUGUGUCUGAUCUUUGGAAAGCUCUGUUGUACUGAUUUAAAAAAAUUUUAACAUAAUGUUCUUGUCAUACUUUGCUUACUGCCUCUGCUCCAUGCUAAAGUAGAUUACUAAUUUGACUUUGAACUGAAGUGGCCGAUAGAGUUAAGAAAGCAACUACAUCAAUUUUCUGGUAUUUUUCCAGUGUCUUCGGGUACUUUCCUUCAUCGCCAGAGUGAUAAGCUAGAGCCCUGGAAUGGAGCGUUGUAUCUCUGCUCUUUAAUUAAAUUGUGAGUCUCGUGACUUCUUGGGCUCCAGUCACCGUGGUAACCUCUCCUAACGAACUUGUGGGGAUGAAAGAGCAGUGCCUGGAUGCCCAGUGCUUGGUUGCCAUGUCCCUAUAUGCUUAACAGUGUCCCCUCCUUUCAAGUGAAAUGUGAUCUUCAUGAAACGAAUGAUGAGUUGAGCCCCCUUGUAUUUCCCACUUGUGUUUUGCCCAGUGAACUGCAUACAGUAAGUGUUCAAUAAAUGUAGUG